UCUAAGUUCUAAGCUUCUGUUAAUCUAUGUACAUAAAUAUAUAUAAGUUACCUAAACUCGUUCAAAUUACACGACAAUGUCGGUGAAUAAGGUAGCAGUUGUUACUGGAGCAAAUAAAGGACUUGGAUUUUGCAUAGUCAAAAAACUUUGUGAGAAGUAUUCCGGGAAGGUUUACUUAACUUCAAGAGAUGAGCAAAGAGGAGAAAAAGCGUGUGAUGAAUUGAAGAAAUUAGGUCUCAAUCCAUUCUUUCAUCAAUUAGACGUCAGUGAUAAGAAAAGCGUAAACAUUUUCGUGAAACAUAUUCGUGACGAAAAUGAAGAAGUUGAAAUAUUGAUUAACAACGCGGGAAUUCUAUUUUUGAAAGACGCGCCAGAACCAAAGAGUUUUCAAGCGGAACAAACUAUUUUCGUAAACUUCACAGCAUUGGUCGAUUUCACAGAAGCCAUCCUGCCAUUUAUGAAAAGUGGCGGGAGAAUUGUGAAUAUUAGCAGUUCUUCUGGCCACUUGUGUAGAAUACCUUCCGAAGACUUAAGGAGCAAAUUUCAGUCAGAAACGUUGACUUUAGAGGGAUUGAAGACUUUGGUCAAUAGUUAUGUUGAAGAUGUCAAACAGGAUAAAGAAAUCAAUAAAGGAUGGGGUGACUCUUCAUACGUAGUUUCAAAAGUUGCAGUCAAUGCCUACACUUUUAUGUUACAUCGUAGAUUAACUCCAAAAGGUAUAACUGUGAACUGCGUUCAUCCAGGAUAUGUGAUGUCUGACAUGACGCGCGGUGGCGGGUCAAUCACCCCGGACGACGCGGCCAACGUGCCAGUGCGACUGGCCUUGACCCCGUGGGGCGCCGGCCUAUAUGUCUGGCACAACGGUACCGUAGUGCCAUGGGACGGGCCAGACCCUCGCGGUUAUAUUGAUGGAAGAAAAGUAUAGUCAAACAUUUCGUAUGAAAAUACUUUCUUUUCAGUUACUGUACAGUUCAAGACACCUGUGGAUGAGUCGCUACUAAAAAU